CAAACACUUAAAAAGAAAAAAAUGGAAGUGAGAGAAACUAUGCGCUCAUCCUCUUCUUCGCAGGAAUCUGAUCUGCUUGACCGGAGUGUCAGGAAAAUCAAAGAUGAUUUUGCACGCCCAGAUAUCGGCGCUACCAUAAAUCUACCUUCUGAUAUCAAUAUGUCAGAACAACAGUUUUCAACCUUUAAGAGCGCCUUGUUGGCUGCUCCGACGAUGCUCUCUGUUGAAACUUCCGGCCAUAAGGGAGUUGCCUCUUACAAGGAUAAACUGCUGCUUGCGGAAAAUCCUAUUGCUCUAACAUUCUCUACGGUGCUGGAGUAUAUGGAAGAAGACUCUGAUACGAAUGAUGACCCAAAUGAUGACACACCUGUUGUUCUGCUCUCCAAAAUCAUCUUUGGAGGGCCAUGGUUCGUGGGACCUUAUUUCUUGACCAUGAGAAGAUUGGAGCCAAACUUCAUCCCAUCUGAAGCUCUACACUCAUUUACUACCACGACUGUCUGGGCCCAGCUGCCUAACCUCUCAGCGGAUUACUACGAUCCUAUCACCUUGCAGAAAAUUGGGAAUCAAGUUGGCACUCUCCUACGAGUAGAUGCACAUACAACUCAUCAUACAAGGGGUCGAUACGCACAUAUAUGUGUUCAAGUAGAUCUGUCCAAACCGAUGGUGAAAAAGCAAGAUCCUAUACCUACCCCUUCUUUGAUCAAAGUUAACCAGGAAAGGGGUCAGAACACCAUUGACUUAUCAGCUACUGAGGAACAUGAACAGAAGGAGUUCGGACCAUGGCUUCUAAUUGAACGGCGACGUCCUCGUCAGAAAGUAUCCUCCUCAGUGGAAACUCCAAAAAAACAGGCUGCUGGAAUCUGCCAUAGCAAGGAGAACCGUAGUGGAAAUGUCUUCACCCGAAAUCCCGGGCCGAGUGCCCGAAAUCCUACUAGUACAAGCCACAAUGGUAAUACUGCUACAACAUUUAAUGCAAGUCAGAAACCCAACCGGCAACUUGCUACGGCACAAGAUACUGAACCUUUGAAUUCAAAUGGGAAGCAAACAGUUCGUCUAUCUAAGGUCAACAAUAAGAACCAGAUUUGGGAGGCUAAAAAGAUUAUGGCACUGUCACUUGAGCCAUUUGUACCAUACAUAAACCCACAGAACAAACCCUUGCAAGGGAACAGUACUAAGCCCGAUGUGGGCCGCAGAUCUACUUAUUUGGCCUCAAACAAAAAUGGGAUUGCAUCACCUUUGUUAGCCCAAAAAGACAUCCAAACUAUGUGCAUGGCUUCGGUGAAGCCCACCCCUUGUACCACUCCUUCGGAUAUUGCCUCGAUUUCCCACAAACCACAACAUCCUCCAACCUUAUCCUCAAACCACCCCUUUUUCUCUAUUAAGGUUCCCGGAUCCUCUACUGAUGGAGAACCCAUUCCAGGACGAACAUCGGAUAAUGUGAGCAUGGCGAAGCCCGCUAGUCUUAAAAAAAGAGUUGAAUCCCCAAGAUUUCAUCCACUUGAUGCAUAUCCCAACUCUGGAAACGCCAACGAGGUCAGAUCUACUCUCCGUUUGGGACUUAAAUUUCAGCGCAGAAAGCACCUCAAUAGGCAGAAUGGUUGGCCUUAUCAAACCACACAAGCUUUGUUUUCCCCUGAACCACCCAUACUGCAACUGCCUGCACUUGUUGGGCUCAAUGAAAAUGGUAUACCUGUUCACCUGAAUCCUUCCACAUCCCCAAAUCCAAAGGGAGAUGGAGUACGAGAUCACAGUGUUACCGUUCCUUUUUCCGAAUGCCCAGAUGGUAUGCAAUGUGUCGACCGAGAACUCAAUGAUCCUCAGCCACAGCUUCUUUGGGAUGACAACCAGAUUGUGGUGGACGUAGUAGCAACCAGCUCUCAAGCUAUUCAUACAACUGUUAAGGAACUUCUUAACAUGGCAGAGCAUUUUAAGGGUCCUUGGAUUAUUGCCGAGGACUUUAAUGAUGUUUUAUUCCAAUAUGAGAAAUUUGGGGGCUCCCCUGUUAAUCAAUCUCGGAUUGAGGCAUAUUCUUCUUGUAUGAAUGGAUGUAAUAUGAUGGAUCUUGGAUUCACUGGUGGCCGCUUCACUUGGGUUAACAUGCAAUUCAAUGGUCAUAUUAUUUGUGAACGCUUGGAUAGGGUUUGGGGUAACCCUGAGUGGAGAAUCUCCUUUCCACAAGCUACUGUUUUUCACCUUCCCAGAGUUCAUUCUGAUCAUAAUCCUAUACUCUUAGAUCUUAACCCCUCACGUUGGGCUAUUGGGAAACGACCCUUUAGAUUGAAGAAAUUUUGGAUUGACCACCCAGAAUUUCAAAGCUUGGUGCAAGGAGUAUGGCAAUCAAGCGAGCUUUCUACAAGUCAAUGUAUUUCCAAUAUGAUGAGCAGAGCUAAGUCUUGGAGUAAAGCCACCUUUGGGAACUUGUUCAAGCGAAAAAAGAAAAUUCUUGCUCGAUUGGAGGGUAUUCACAAAUACCUAUCCCUUCAACACAGUGUUUUCCAUUCCCGCCUGGAAAAAGAUCUAGCUCUUGAAUACGUAGAUAUCUUGAAAUUUGAGGAGGACCUCUAGUCUGGCCAAAAGAUUAAUCCAUCCAAGUCUGGUAUUUUCUUCUCUAGAAAUGUGGAGCAUAAUUCUAGAGAAGAGCUUUGUAGUAUCCUAGAGUUUCCUCAAACUGAGAACUUAGGGAAGUAUUUGGGCAUCCCUCUUUCUCCUAGGAAGCUUAAGAAGCAAGAUUGCAACUUCAUAUUAGACAAGGUCCGUGCGGAGCUAGAUGGUUGGAAGACAAAAUUCUUCUUAAUGGUUGGAAGGAGAAUUUUGGCCUCUUUCAUUCUGGCCUCCAUUCCUUACUUUUAUAUGCAGUCUUUUAUGCUACCUUCUUCCACUUUUUCUCAAUUGGACAAGAUCACUCGUGACUUUCUUUGGGGAUCGGACCUGUUAAAGAGAAAGAUACAUAUGGUUGCUUGGGAUACAGUGACUCUCCCUAAGUCUCUUGGAGGACUUGGCCUGAAAAGUGCCAAGGAGGCUAACCUGGUUGCAAUGGCCAAGCUAAAUUGGAGAUUAUUCUUAGAAAGAGACAAACUUUGGUGCCAGAUAAUUGCUUCAAAAUAUGGAAUUGGGACACAGCCCUCCCUUCUUCCUAAGAAGGGUUCCCUAAUGCUUAAUAACAUUAGGAAGGGUAGUGAAUUAUUCCUAAAAGGUAUUAAAUGGGUGCCUUAUAAUGGGCGAUCUAUUUCCUUUUGGAAUGAUUGCUGGGUUAUGGAUGCCCCCCUUAGCAACCUAUUAUCCGGACCUAUCUCUUCACAAGACAGGCAGCUCACCGUUGCUGAUGCUUUCAUUAACGGAAGGUUUCAACCCAAUAACAUCUCCUAUCCUAUUGAAGAGGAUUUAGUGAGAAUCAUCUCGGCUACCCCGACUGCCAUAACUUCUUCCAACACUGACUCGUUUUCCUGGAAAGGAUCAUCUGAUGGCUCCUUUUCAUCUACCUCUGCGUAUAACCUUGCUAAAGGUCUACACCACUCACCCAAAGGAGACUGGAAAUGGAUAUGGAAAAUCCAAACCCUUCCUAAGAUCCAACAGUUCAUAUGGCUUUUAUCUCAUGAAUGCCUCAAAACCCUUGGGUUCCUUCAUGAGUUGGGGAUUGUUGAGUCACCCAUUUGCCCUUUAUGCUUAUCUACAGUGGAAUCUUGUUCCCAUUUGUUUAGAAAUUGUCCAUCUGUGCGUGAUUUAUGGGAAUAUUUUUUUCCUGGGGAUAAUAGUUAUGAGGAGGAGUCACCUUUCUUUUUAUGGCUCCAAAUGAAUUGUUCUAAGACUACCCCUAGUCCUUCAAUUCCUGUCCAAUGGGGAACUCUUUUGUCCUUUGUCAUCUGGAUCAUUUGGCUGCAGAGGAAUGAGAAAAUAUAUCGGCCACAGAGUUAUGACCCCAACCGGGCAAAAAUCUUAAUUAAAGAAAGGGCGAUGGAGUUCAUCUCCACUUCUCCCUAUCCUACAACUGGUAAUGGCUCCUUGGUUUGCAUCAAUAUCAAAUGGGACAAACCCCCUAAGGGUUAUUUCAAGUUAAACACAGAUGGCUCUUCAUUGAGAACUUCUGGGGCUGCUGCUUGUGGUGGAUUGAUUAGGAACUCAUUGGGUAGAUGGGUGGUUGGUUUUGCCAGAAAUAUAGGCAUUACCUCCGCUCUUGGUGCUGAAUUUUGGGGUGUUCAGGAUGGCUUGAUUAUGGCAAGGAACUGGGGGAACUGAUGACUCAAAUCCCUCACGUUCGUCUUCGUCAUAUAUUUAGAGAGGCUAAUCAGUGUGCUGAUCAUUUAGUUGCUAUAGGUCAUACUGUUACGGGGUUUGUUUGUUUUGUUAAUUGCCUGUAAGGCCUUGGCUUGUAUUUGGACGCUGAUGUAAGGGGAAUAGACUUUCCCUGGACCU